ACUUCCGGGGCGAUGGAAGGAGUGUGCCGGAAGCCGGGAAUUUGAAUCUGAGCGCCAUUAAGAGUAACAAAAGAGACGAGGGAAGGGUUGUUGUUGGCGCCGCGAAACGGCCGGCACAGGCGAUGAGGAAGCCGGCUCGACGGAAGUUUUCUAAAUCUGGCACUACAAUUAACUAUGUCACAAAGGCAAAAAAGAAGCUGCAGCUGAGUCAAAAUCCUCCUUGUGCAUUUUGUCGACGGAAUGAUGACUGCCCAGAAAAAUAUGGCGAGAAGAAGACCUGUGAUGGUGGGAUAACUGUGCAUUACUACUGCUUAAUUAUGUCAAGUGGCUUAUAUCAACGUGGGAAAGAGAAUGAAGGAAUUUAUGGAUUUCUAGCUGAUGAUAUCAAAAAGGAAAUUUAUAGAGCUGCAAGGAUGAAAUGUCGAGUGUGCAACAUACGUGGGGCAUCAAUAGGCUGUGCCAUUAGGAAAUGUCGGAAGAGCUUUCAUUUUCCUUGUGGUGUGGAGAAUCAAUGUAUUUUCCAGUUUACAGGACAGUUUCCGUCUUACUGUUGGGAUCAUAAACCUGUGCAAAAGAUACCAUGUGCAUCCAUAUGGUCAGGUGGUCCUAAUACAUGUGCUGUCUGUUUGGAAUCCAUUGACCCACUUCCUUCCUACGAUGUCUUAAAGAGUCCUUGCUGUAAAAAUACAUGGUUUCACCGACAAUGUUUACAGCAUCAGGCACUGAGUGCUGGGGUGUUCUUCUUCAGGUGCACUAUCUGCAAUAAUAAGGAAGACUUCCAAAAGGAGAUGUUGCGAUUGGGGAUCCAUGUACCAGAAAAAGAUGCAUCCUGGGAACUUGAAGAAAAUGCAUUUCAGGAACUGUUACAGCGUUAUCACCGAUGUGAUGCCAGAAGAUGUCUCUGUAAAGGUGGACGAGAAUAUGCAGAACCUGAAGGUAAAUGGGACAUAGUACUUUGUAAGUACUGCGGCUCCAGUGGAACUCAUCAGGCCUGUUCAUUGUUGGCAAGCUGUCUGGAAAAUUGGGAGUGCCCCGAAUGUAGAGAGAUUAUAUACAAAUCAGAAAAAUUAAGGAAAAGAAACCGAAGCUCGGGGAUAAAAUCAAGAAAAAGGAAAUUUACAGAAAAUCAGGAUUCGCUCCAUUCACCUUCCAAGUGUCCAAGAUUAUCAGGUGGAACGCGGAAAGAAUGCAAAAAUAGCCAGAUUUUUGCAGCAAGACCACUUGCAAGCAUUUUGAAAGAAUUAAGGUCACAGAUCAAAUUGAAUGUCAUCUCAAGAAUCAAUGUUGACAGAACAAAAGUAUGGGAAGGAGCUCUGAGAGAGAUGAAAAGGAAAGUAUUCAGGCCUACUAGCACAAUUUGCAUUCAAUAUUCAGAUGAUGCUGGAAAACUUCAAACUCCUGAUGUAGAAAAUCCUCUUCAUGAUUUCUUCGAUUUGCUCAUGCAUCAUCUUCAGAAUUCAACCCUAUUUGACGGUCUGACUACCUCAAAGAACUUAACUCUCAAUUCUCAAGCUCUUAGGUUGGACUGGUAUUAUGAGGCUGGACGAAUGAUCGCACUAUCCUUAGUCCAUGGUGGUCCAUCGCCAAACUUCUUAUCUAAAACACUAUUUAACUGUCUGGCCUAUGGACCAGAGAUAACUGAACCAACUAUAGAAGAUGUGGCAUCAUUUGAGGUGGCACAAAAGAUCAUAAAGAUUAAAGAAUCCUCAACCUUGGAAGAAUUGAAACUAUUUAUCAAUGAAAAUGCUGAUUACCUUUCAGUAGCUGGAUGCUUAAGACCGGUGUGGUCACUGGACGAUAAGGAAUUGCUCUUGAAAGAUGUUCUGAUCUUUCACGUAAUCAAUCGAGUUCACUCACCUUUAGAAAGGUUUCGUGAAGGAUUGAAAAUUCUUGGUGUGUUGGAAAAUAUUCAAACAUAUCCAGAAAAAUUCUCUGAACUGUUGUGUUACAAACCACAGAAAUUGUCUUCUGAGAUAAUUGGAAACCUUUUCUCAGUCAACUUUUCACCAAAUGGAAGUAACAGAAUAAUUGCAGAAUCUAAAGUAGUCAGCUUCUGGAGAGAUUAUUUGGCAGAUGUAGAAGGUGGAAAAACUAAAGCUUCUUUUGAAGGAAUCUUGACUUUUGCAACUGGCACAAAUAAUAUUCCACCCAUCAGUUUUCUUCCCAGCCCAGCAAUUAAAUUCUUGCAUAGUGAUGGAAUCAUACAAUACAGAUUUCCAACUGGACAAACAUCCCUCAAUUGUUUGAAACUACCAAUGUCAAAAACAUAUGAGGAAUUUAAAGAAUGCAUGGAUUUUGCUAUUUGUAACACACCUGGAUUAAAAAGAAAGUAAUGCUGUAAAUAUUUUUAAUCAAAUAUUAAAUUUGUACAUUAGUAUGUAGCAAUUUUCUUUGUUAGAAAAUUAGUUACAAAAGUCUUGGUUUUUAAUUUCCAGUUAUUUAGCAAAGGCUUGCAGAAAACUUUUAAAAAUAAGUUUACAACAUGUAAAGGAUAAUGAUUCCUUCUUAGGGGACUUGUGGGGUAAGUAUUUUAUGCGCAAUGUACUGGGAGGGAAGCAGAAACUUAAUUGGAAAUGCUUUUGUCAAACAGCUUCCCUGCCAACAUAUUGUGUUUCAGUAUGCUUUGCUGUGGAAGCACAUUAACAAUAGCAAUUUGCAUUAGUUUCUGAUCUUGCUGAAGCAGGAGUGAAAGUGUUCACUGAAAACAAGAAAAGGAAUCUUAAUGGUUUCUCAACUUGGACAGCCCUCUGCCUGGCUAACUGUAAGUUCUUGAGUCCUCGUAGCAAUUCUGUUUUUCUCUGGCAGGGGAGGUGAAGGAACAAAAUAUUGAAACAGCAGGGAAAUUCAAAUAUUUCUAAAUAUUCAAUGUUAUCCACAAGUGAUUUUGAAGUUUUGAUUAAUGUAAUAUACAUUUGCUUAUGAAAUUGCUUGAUUAGCUAAUUUAAAGUUUCCUUUAAUAACUUUGCAUAUGACUCCCACAUAUAUCAUCAAUAAGUUUAUAAUCAGCUACAUGUACUGAAAAAAAGCUUCAUUUGACCACACUUCCAGGUGACAUUUUUUUUACAUUGAAAUUUGAAUUUUCUAAAGUGCAGUAAAUUGUAACUUGCCAAAGUAAUAUUUUGAAUGUCCGAAAUAUGUCAGGUUUGUUUUGUGUUUACUUUUAAAAUGAGGAAUUUGAGAUUUUGUUUUGUAUGUACACUUUUUGGACUAUUCGCUGGUUUUGCCAGUAAUGAAUAUAAACUUUAUUUUAUUUCUGAUCUUAUAACUAUCAUGAUGGACUAUACUUGUAACGUAAAUAGAAAUUACCUUGUAUUGAUAACCCAUUUAGUUUUCUUCACUAAAAAAAUUAUAACUAUUUAGAAUUGUUAUAAAUAUAUUUAAUUUCCAACAAAAAAAUGAAACUUUAACAGUAUUAUUAGUAGCUUGGUUUUGGCAACAAAAGGGUGGGUUCAUUAGGUGCUGAUAUUGUAAAAUAUUUGUUCUUGUUUAAUGCAUUUCUGUGAAAGAUACUGCUUUACACGUUGUACAUUCUUCCUUGGACUGCAAUGGCCUUGCUCUUUUAAAUGCUGAUUUCUGAUCUUAAGCAGUGGGUGAAGCAUUCAGUAUUACAAAUGUAUGUUUAUAUUUGAACAAAAUCCACAUAGCAUAUCAUUCGUCAAAUUCAUGAUUUCCUUCUGUUAAUUUAUAUCUGAAUCCCCCAACAUUUCACAUUGAGAAAAGAUUUGGUGGGUAGAUUUAUCUGAAGAGAACGUAGUUUGCUGCACAUUUAAACAGAAAAAAGCAAACAAAAUAAACAAAAUUUAAGUACCAUUUCUGAAGAAAAUAAUUAGAGUACGAAAGAAAAGAUGAGAUUUAGGGGGGAAUAAAAGACUUUCAGUACAAAGAUUAGCAUUAGUGAAGUAAAAAUUCAUGUAGAAAAACAGUGUGCUGAAUGUGUACAAAUUAACUGUUAUGUGAAUGAAUAUUGUUUGUGAAUAAAAUAAACUAUUGCACUUGACUAGCUAUCUAUCCUAAAUAAUUUAUCCAUGUGAUUUACUGCAUAAUUGUUCGGUUUGACUUACAUGCUGUUGUCAAUGCAUAUAACAUUUGACUGAUACAGAAAUAAUAGAAAGUAUAACCUUGAUUACAAAUUGAGAUGUUAGAAUCUGGUUGUCAAUUAAAAAGAUCAUAAAACAACUGCUAAAACAUGUAGCAGUAGAAAUGUAAUAAUCUCAUUGGAAUAAAAAGUAUGUUUGGCAUUGAAUUCUUGGGUUUUUUUUUGGCAAAAUUGCUCAGUAGUUGAUUAUGGAUAAGCUGACCUUAAUUACAUACUUCAACAUUUUAAUGUUCAAAUUGUGAAGACAUCUGUAAUCUGUGAUGUAUAAUUGUUUUAGCUAUAGCUGGAUGGAGUCUAUUUACAUGAGCUUGUUUCUGUAUGUCUGCAUAAAUAAUAAAUGUAAAGAAGUCACAUUUUUUUCUGAUGCACUUCAGAUUUUUUCCAAGUUUUUUUUUCUUGUUAGCCUCAUUUG